AUGAUCGGCGGCCCCUCAGUGGACGCCGAUGCGGACGCCGACGUUCUCUCCAGCGCGCUUCCCACGCACGUCUCGAAGGCGGCGCACGAUCCGGUCGUCGCCAAGCCGCCGAGCGCGCGCGCGCGCGUGCCGAGGCGGGACACCCCGCGAUCCCCCCUGACGCGGGAUCUCUUCGACGGAGGACACGGCACGAGCGAGAGCGACGAUCUCGACGAGGACGACCUCGCCGCGAUCGCGCGGGGGCUCGAGCAGCGCACCGCCGCGCUCAAGCUCGGGGUCCGCGCGACGCACGCUCGAAGGAUCGGCGCCGUGGACGCGGCGCUCGCCAAGCUCCAGCUCGCCGUCGCCGGCGCCGACGGCGCCAAGGUCCAUCCCAACACGCACCGCGCGACCACCUCGACACGUCUCGACGCGACCGACAACACGCACACGCACGCCGACGGUCACAGGGCCAGGAGCCAGCAGGACGCGAGGGACCGGCGCAGGCUUCUCAACCGCGUCGGCGUCGACCUCGCGGCGACGUCGCGAUCGUUCGGCUCGGCGGUGGACGCGAGGGUGCGCGACGCGUCGAACAAGGUGCUUCGAGGCGCACCCUCGAGGUUCGCCGCGGAAGCAGCUGCUUCGGGCGUUAUAACGGUCGGAACGACGACGAACGAUAAGAAUGCCAAGGCGAAGGGACCGGGGGGUUCGACAAAGUCGGUCAAAAUCAAGCCCGUGGCGGAUGACCCGGACGCCGAGGUCACCGGCGAGCUCAAGUUUAACGCGCAGAGCGUCAAGACCCAACCGCUCCGCGACUGGCUCCUCGCGCACUUCGACAAGCCCUACCCGGACGACGAGGACAAGGUUAAGCUGGCGGAGGCGAGCGGGAUGACCAGGGCGCAGGUUGGCAACUGGUUCAUCAACGCGAGGGUUCGCAUCUGGCGGCCGAUGGUGCUUCGUCUAGGCGAAGAGAUUGAACGCGAGUCGGAUUGA